CAGCCGAACCUUUACCAAAACUAGUUUACUUGCAGGCUCCGCCUGCAGAUUCUCAAGAGGAACACGAGUCCUACUUGCACGCAGUGGAAGCUUAGAUCCCCAAUUCUCUGGAUUUCAUCCAUGGAUCACUCAUCCCACUUCCAUCACCAGCACCAGCAUCAGAAUCAGCAUGCAAGGUACGCUCCUCUUCCCCCUAAUCACCCACGCCAUUCACAGUUCCCCGAAGAUCCCUGUCUGCGCCCUCACCAACUUCCUCCGCCGCCACCGCCGCAGGCACCAACUCUUCCACCCCCACCCCCUCCUCCUUCUCUUUCCUAUCGAACCGUGCGCAACACUCCUCCAACGCAUCCUCACCCCUAUAAUCCUCCUCAUCAAUCCCAGUUUUCUUUCAAGGCUCCAAACUAUGCCAACCGUCCGGUUGAAGAAGAACGCCCUGUAUCUUCUAGCCACCCUCACGAUUUCACACAUUCGCAGAGGGUUUCAAAUCGGAUGAUCAUCGAUGAUGACCGUCCGCGCCAUAGUCUUCCUGAUUUCGAUUAUCGCAAUAACGAUAACCGCAUCGGUGGUUGGAACCCGCUGAGGGUUGUGUCAGAUAAUCGGCCGUCGAGGCCUUACCCUCCAAUUGACUUUGACCGGCAAUUGUAUCAUCAGCACCCAUUGAAUCACAAAAUAGCCGCGCCAUAUCCGCCUGUUGAUAAAGUUAGGUAUAAUUCAGAGGGCAACUCGAGGGGAAGAGUUGAUCACAUUGAUAGGUAUGAAGUCAAGACAAGGGAAGAAUUUGCGUGGGGUAGAGGUGAUGAGAAAUAUCAUCGCCGCAGGGAUUCUGGAUCAAAUCUCCAUGCAUCUUCGGGAGACUUCGGAAUCAUGUCUAGUCAGAGUACAUUAUCAAGGGAUCUUGAUUCCAAGAAUGGCGAUUAUGUGCAUCACGGCGUGGAACGGGACAACGAAAUAUCUAGGGGUACUAGAAGAGAUGGACUUGGUGAUAGCAAGAGGUGGGUAAAUGAUAGGAAGGGCCCCAGAGACCCACACAGUUCAUCUUUUGAACUGGUAAACAACGAGAACGGUGGUGAUGGUAUUCGUCUAACCUCCGGGAAGUAUUAUGGUUCAGAAUUGGGUAGAUACAAUAAUAGAGGGAACAGGGAAUCUGGUCAUGAAUUUAGUCGGGCUCCAAAGAAACAAAUUCAGAAAAAGAGCGCACUUCUUAGAAUUCAAAUGGUAAAACCAAAUCACAAGAACCGUGAGAUUGAACAGUUACAAUAUACCAGCCAUGGUGAUGACACAAACUCUAAUUCCUUUAGAGGGAAAGAUCAAUUUGAGUAUUCAGGUUAUGGGGUCAAAGCAGAAGAGAGAGAAAGAAGUCCUGUUGAGCUUGAUAUUUCUUUUAAAUCAAAUUCUCUGGUGGCUAAGGCAAUUGUGGCACCUUCAAGUUCUGCAAUUUCUGAUGUCGAUAUCACCUCUGUUUCUGAUACAGAUUUUGUUCCUGCAGAAAAGGGAAAGAAUAGUCUGGUCUCUGAUAGUGAUUCUCCUGGUUUAAAACCUGCCAAACCAUCUAUGGCUGCUGUAAACUUAGGUGGGUCACCUUGCAAGGUGAAUUGCAUCCCUAGUUCAAGCAAGGAGUUUAACUUACAGAAGAAGGUCUCUGACAGUUGUUCUCGGCGUUGUGCCGGUGUACCUACUAAUUGUGAUGUGAAAAAUGAGGGGGCUCAAACCCCUAAGGGAAUUGUUUCUCAUGAAAUUACCAACUCUUGUUCUGUUAAAACACAUCCAAGGGUAGCCAAGAAGAAAAAAAUUGUAAAGAAAGUGGUGAAGAAAGUUGUUUCGAAUCCUAAAUUAAAUGUCUCAAAUUCUAUGUCAUCAAAUAUGCCUAACGGAACUGUGAAAGCUGAUAGUUUUAAUCCUUUAUCUACCUCUGGAUCUGACAAAACUGAAACUUCUUUAAAGGAGAAAAUCACUGCUGUCGACAAGGUGCCACAUAAUUUGCCUUCUCCAGAGGGAGGACAUCUGCUGCCUGAUAGUAGAAAGGGAGAUACACUUCUGCCUAGUACAGGGCCAAAUGCCAGUUCACGGGAGCAUGAGGCUGAUGAUAAGGCUGAUAUAGGGCAAGUGGAUAGAAUUGAGAGAAGUGAAAACAUUUCUAAUACUUCUUUGGGUGCUUUUAGCAUUAAAGAUGUAAAGAAUGAUUUUGAUUGUCCGAAGGCAGAUGAUUUUGUCCAUGGCUUGCGUGGUAGUCCAAAUAAUGACAAGGCUUCUGACGCUAAGUCACCAAAUAGAAUUACAUUUGCUGACAUUAAUAAUGGUGAUGAUGUUAAUAUGCAACUUUGUCAGAAUGAAGCCUCCCUAUCACCUCACCACUAUUCUAAUGUGCAAUAUUUAGAUAAUCAGUUUCAGGUAGAAGAUGACAAGAACAGCAGACUGUCAGCAUUGGCUGAGAGUGUAAUCAAUACAGAUGUUAUAAACACAUGUAAUUCUGCUGAUGUUAGUCUGGCUUGCUUGAGUUAUAAUGAUCUUACUGGUAAUGCACAAAAGAACAUUACAGGUUCUGAUUUUGAAAAUGAUGGCAAGGAAGAUUGCAAAACUAAAGCCCUUACUUUAUCUGAAAAUGUUAUUUUGGAAGAAAACCCAGAGACUUGCUCCCCCGUGCCAAGUGGUGGAAUGGAUAGUCAAAUGGAUAGUCUUUCAAGUUCUGUGGAAACUAGGAUUUCAGAUGGUCAAGAAUGCCCAAAACCUUCAAGAUUACCAAUUCAUGUUUCUGAUAACAGCCUCACUAAUUCAGAAGAGAAUAUCAUGACUCCCCAUAGUGUUAUUGUCAAAGAUUCUGGAAAGGAGGCAUCCCCUGUGGAUGUCACUGCAUCUCCUGGGAAUUGUACCACUGAACAGUCUCCAAAUGCUAAUUCUUUGGUUAGAUAUGCUGAAGGAGAUGCAAAUAUGUCUAAAAAAAGAAAAGUUGAGACACAUUUAAAUUUUUCAAGUUCAGAUUUCGGGGGCAUAUCUCCAGAGCCUAUGCAUACGGUUAGCCUUGCAAAUGUGCAUGCAACCUUAAGUUUGUCAAAAAAUUCAAGUGUGUCAGAAGUUUUAAAUCCAUAUGUUCGAAGCUCAGAUUUUUGCUUACAAUCCAGCACAGGUGGGGUUACUGUUUUACAUGGGAAAGGGGAGGUUUCAGAGACGGAAGUUUACUUUGGACAUAGUGGCAGUAACAGCGCAAAUAGGACUUCACCAAUGUUUAAAACUAGUAGUCACAUGAAUGUCACUUUAUUGCAAGCUGAACUUUGUGAUGCAAUUGUGGUUGCCACAUCUUGUGCAGAAGUUCCUAUUAGUAUUAGUGAUAACAACACGCACCAGAAAGAGGUCGAAUUUUCUAGCAUGGUUAAACCUUCUGCUUCUCUAUCCCUGCCUUAUCCUGAGAGUAGUGCUAAAUUGUACAAGAAUAGCUUGUUUGGAGAAUCUGUUGGGUCUAUGGAUGCAAAUACAAAUAUUACAAAAUUUGAAUGCUCCCAGUUGCAGCACCCAGCCAUCAACUGUCAUUUGCAUGAGGAUGUGGCUAUUCCAAACGAUCAGUUUCCAUUGUUGGAAAAUGAGCAGAAAGAAAUUCUCUCCCUGUUGUGCCUUAGGACUUCAGAUUGUCAAACAAUCCAAAAUGAAAGCAUUCAAGGGGAUGAAAAUGAUGCGGAUAGCACAUCUAAGGUUGAACAGGAUUGUGACUUAGCUGCUUGUACAUCAUAUUCACAGAACACUAUAGAGAAUAUAAAGUCAAGUCCUGCAGCCAGAAGUGAUAACUUGAUCACAAGGAAGAUGAUGCCUCAACCUUUGCAAGUUGAUUCCAGAGUUUCAAAACUUCGAACUUGGCAUCGUACAGGUAAUAAUUCUGGUUCUCUACCAGGAAAUAAUCCUUUGGCAGGAUCUGUGCCUCCCAGAAGGUCAGUUUCAGAAAAGAAGGGGAACUUUCAAAAUACUUCUUACAUUCGUAAAGGUAACAGUCUUGUAAGGAAACAUACUUCUGUUUCUGCUUCACCACAAUGCACUGCUAAUCAGUCUUCUUCUUUGGGGUUUGAUGAGUCUCAUAAGAGCACUGGAUCUGAAAUUAUGGUUGAUAUCUCAAAUCACACCAAUCUCUUGAAAUCAGGAUUGACACCCGCUUCUCUGGAGGGGCAAAGAACGCCUCCUCUACCUGUUGACACUAAAUUACCUAAUCAUAUGGCAACAGCAUGUGAGGAGAAUAAAUCUUCCUCGUUAAUAGAACCCCUUUCCAAUGCUUUCCGUGAUAGUGCAUCUGAACCUAGAAACUUUACGGAGCCUUGUGAUGCUCCAAAUUCUGAUGAUGCGCUGAAGUCGGAUGAAACUGUUGAAAACCUAACUUUUCCAUCAAACAACGUGGAGAGCCAAGUUGAAGCACGUGAUGAGCAUGUGUCUUUGAAUUCAAAGAGAAUAGUCUAUGUAAAGCGCAAAUCAAAUCAGUUGGUUGCAACUUCAAAUUCUUGUGAACUUCCUGUUGCUACUGAUGACAAUGUCCAGAUGGCCUCUUCCGAUGGGUACUACAAGAGGAGCAACAAUCAGUUAGUUAGGACUACAUUUGAAAGUCAAAUCAACCAGACAGUUGCAAUGCCCACUGUAAACUCUGAUAGGCACAGGGCCCGUAAGGCUGGUUACAACAGGAGGUUUGGUAAGAGGCGGUCACUAAAGGUUGUUGGAAGUUCAUGCAAACCUUUGAGAGCCUCAUUGGUGUGGACACUCUGUGGUGCAAGUUCAUCCAAAAACGAUAAUGACUCUCAGCAUCAUCCGAAAGUUCUGCCUCAGUUUUUUCCAUGGAAAAGAGCAACAUACUUAAGGAGCUUCAUUUAUAAUCCUGCUUUGAGCUCCAAUACUAAUUCGUUAUCUGCAAUCAGCAAGAAAUUGGUUCUGUCGAGAAAGAGGAAUACUGUUUAUACUAGGUCAACCCAUGGAUUUUCCCUUCGGAAAUCCAAGGUGUUAGGCGUUGGCGGAUCUAGUCUAAAAUGGUCAAAAUCAAUUGAGAAGUCUUCAAAGAAAGUUAACGAGGAAGCCACACUUGCAGUUGCUGCUGUAGAGAAGAAAAGGAGGGAACAGAAAGAUGGUGCUUGUAUCAGCUCUCGGGCAAAGAGAGAACGUAUAUUUCGUAUUGGGUUGGUUCGUUACAGAAUGGACUCUUCGGGGAGGACACUUCAAAGGAUUUCAGCUGAUGAGCCCCUACCCUCUGCUUCUCUCCGUCCAGGUUUGCAUGUGAAAAGUUCAUACAUUCCAAGGAGAUUAGUGAUUGGAAAUGAUGAGUAUGUCCGAAUUGGCAAUGGCCAUAAGCUUAUCAGAGACCCAAAGAAGCGAACUCGUAUAUUGGCUAAUGAAAUUAGGUGGAGUUUACACACAGCUAGACAACGGUUGGCUCGGAAGCAGAAGUAUUGUCAAUUCUUUACUAGAUUUGGGAAAUGUAACAAGGAUGACAGGAAGUGUCCCUAUAUUCAUGAUCCCUCUAAAAUUGCUGUCUGUACUAAGUUUCUGAAUGGUUUAUGCUCCACUCCCAACUGCAAAUUGACUCAUAAGGUUAUUCCCGAGAGAAUGCCUGAUUGCUCUUAUUUUUUGCAAGGUUUAUGCACAAAUAGAAAUUGCCCCUAUAGACAUGUUAAUGUGAACCCUAAGGCAUCCGUUUGUGAAGGAUUCCGGGGAUAUUGUGCUGAUGGCAAUGAGUGUCGGAAGAAGCACACCUAUGUCUGCCCUACGUUUCAAGCAACAGGAAGCUGCACCCAAGGGAGCAAGUGCAAACUUCAUCACCCCCAAAAACAAGGAAGGGAAAGAAAAGGAAGAGAUGCGUGGAUCAGAGGAACUGUAAGGCGAUAUUUUGGUUCUUUAUGGAUUGAUGUUUCUGAACCUGGGACGAUGGUUGUAGCUCCAAGGCAAGGGGAACAAAAUAAGGAUGGCCUUGAAGGAGAACUUGCUGACUAUAUCAGUCUAGAUGUCGAGGAUGAAGACGUUGCUGAACUUCCGGGACGAGCAAGGGAGCAAUCAACAUUGUGUGAUGGUGAACCUGGGGACAUAGUAUUGGAUGAUGAGGAUGAACUCAUUAAACCAGUUCUGAUAAUGAAAAAGGAUAUUAGGGCCAAGACAUCUCCUGUCUGA